GCUUCCCUUCGUCUUGAAAUCGAAAACAUUCAUCGGAUCGUCAUUUAGCUCCGGAGCUCGAUCUUACUCAUCCUAUCGUCGGCGGCAGAAGUGAUUUCAGGGACGAGGGCACACUAUGAAUGCUAAUACAUCACAAAAUCUCGAAGCUUUGGCUUCUGAUGGUGGUGGACCAGUGAAUGUAUACAUAUGGGACAUGGACGAGACUCUCAUCUUGCUUAGAUCUCUCUUAAACGGGACCUACGCCGAGUCUUUCAACGGCUCUAAAGAUGUCAAAAGAGGUGUUGAGAUUGGUGAGAUGUGGGAGAAACACAUACUUAAGAUCUGUGACGAUUGCUUCUUCUACGAGCAAGUUGAGGAUUGUAAUGAGGCGUUUAUUGAUUCGUUGAGGGAGUAUGAUGAUGGGAAGGAUCUUUCUAGGUAUGACUUCAAGCAAGACGGGUUUACUUCUCCUACUGAUGACUUGAACAAGAGGAAACUCGCCUACAGGCAUAGAGCCGUUGCGCGUAGAUACGAAAAGGGUUUAGCUCCUCUUGUUGACAGUGGAACAAUGAGUGUGUUGGAUGAUUUGUAUGAAGUAACAGAUGGAUACACAGACCGGUGGCUUUCUUCCGCAAAGGAUUUCUUAGAGCAAUGUUCAAAUGUGAAAGAAGCGUCUAGUGAUGGAACAAUAGAUCAAAGCUCUCAGGAUAUACAUAUUCUAGUGACUUCAGGGGCACUCAUACCAAGCCUUGUGAAGUGCCUGCUCUUCCGGCUAGAUACGUUCUUAAGACAUGAAAAUGUGUACAGUUCAAUAGAUGUGGGGAAGCUACAAUGUUUCAAAUGGAUCAAGGAGCGUUACAACCAUCCUAAGUUCAGAUUCUGUGCGAUUGGUGACGGUUGGGAAGAGUGUGCAGCCGCGCAGACGAUGCAAUGGCCAUUCGUUAAGAUUGAUUAUUUGCAGCCGGAUAGCUCCUACAGAUUCCCUGGCGUAACGCCAAAGACUGUGAGCUACUACUUUGCUGCUGUAUAUGGGAACUCUGAUGCUGAUACCAACAAAGAGUAAUCACCAGAAAGCCUUUUCUGUUGUAACAUAUGCAAGUAACCCAACAAAAUCCAUUCUGUGUUUCACAUGAAAAGUUACCAUUGUUUAUACAUAUGAUUAAGCUGAGAUAAGUCAUGCAUUUGGUAUCUAUAAACCAAACGGGUCCUCUUGUUGUUUUAUCUUAAAGCUUUUUGUCUUUGGAA